AUGUCGCCACCCAAGACAGGUGCGAUCCUUCUUCGCAUCGUCCUUUUCGCCAACUUGGUAGCAAUCAUAGCGUAUGGCGCCAUCUCGCCACAGCAGCUGCAGAAGGUCACGGCUGAAUGUGUCGUGAUCGGCAUUGCUUCUUUGGCCGUGGUUGUUCAAGUUUUUGUCACCAUAAGCCGUUAUACCCGCCUCACGUAUAAUAUCUGGAGCGUUGUUUGGCUCGACGCACUUUGCGCCGUUGGUUGGUCUGCUGCUAUUGUUACCUUGUCGUACUGGGACCGCCGGGUGGUUUACACCCCGCAAGAAGGAGACUCGGCGGCGUGGUUGAAGUGCGCCAGCGCUCGCAACUGGGGUGUGGUGUACAGUAGUAGCGAUGGAUACGGGCAUUGGGUCAAUAUACAGUGGUGCGAAGUAAGAAUUCAGAGACAGGACCGACUGAUCGGAAAUGGCGCGGCGCUGCAACAAUUACACGUACUCAUUGCGCUCUCAUCAGUGUCGUUAUUGUUUACGGGGAUUAUCAUAUUCUGGACAGUCAGGAGAGGACGGUAUCUCGGACUGAUCAAGGCUCGCAAUUGA